CAACAUGGCUGAAGGGUUGAUUAAGAAUUAUCUUGGACUAACUAUACUGCCUUGAUUUGUCAAGAUCAAUGUAAAGUUUAAGGAAAAUAAUGACACAAAGGGAGAAGAAGCGUGUUCGUGUCUACACAGGGGUAACAAAAGAGAUCUUCGAGUCAGAUAUAGCUUCUAAGCGUAAGCCAGCGCUUCUACGAGGACUCGAUAUUGGCAGUGCUUGUGGAAAGUGGUCACCGGAAUAUCUUGCUCAGCAUGGCGGUGAAAAGACAGUGAAGGUUCACGUCUGUCCUUCUGGGAAGAUGGACUUUAUUCACAAAAACUUUGCAUACAAGUAAGGCUCUAAAAAAAAUCAGGCUAAGGCGUGAUAAGAUAACGCAAAAGGACAGGGUACACAGUAUAGUUCAUGUACCUGAGUUUACAGUUAAAAAUACCUUUCUUCUAUCCUAGUCUUUGAGAGAUGUGAUAUGCUUAAUUUAUUUUAAAAAGAAAUUUCUAAGUGUUUUUCCUUCUUGGGUAUGGUUUUCAGCUGUGAUGAGCCCUUGGUCAGCAAAAGUGAGUGUCAAAUCCAACACUAAUGUUCCAUUGCAAAUGGAGAAGAAUUACAACCUCCUCUUGAACCCAAAUGACCCAUGACCAGAUUCAGCGUCAUAUUGUUACUGAUUCCCCAAUUAAUAUAAAAUAAGGGGAUAAUCAAAUUGUUAUCAUAUAAAGUUGGCAGAUUGCUACAAGUGACUGACUGAAUAUGAUUGCUUGAAAGUGCUGAUGAGCCCUUGGUCACCAAAUGUGAAAGUCAAAUCCAUCACUAAUGUUCCAUUGCAAAUGGAAAAGAAUUGCAAACUCCCUUUGUACCCAAAUGACCUUUGACCUAAUUCAGUGUGGUAUUGUUACUGAUUCUCCCAUGAAUUUGAAAUAAGGGGACUAUCAACGUUAUUAUGAAUGGUUGGCUGGAGGAGUAAUUGUUACAAGUGGCUGACUAAACAUGAUUGCAUCAAAGUGUUCUCGUUCAACUGCCUUACUGUCAAAAAAAUAUGAGCCCUUUUGGAAAAUACAUUUUUCCUUUCAUUUUGUUUUGUUUUAUAUUUUUUCCUUUCCUUUGUUUGUUUGAUUUUGUUGCUGUAGUAUUUGUUGUUGUUUGUUAUUUUGGUCUUUACUCUAUAAUACAGAUAUACUCAAUAACAAUAUAUUCCAAUUAGUCAUAAGGAGAGACGAACUUUUGAUCUUUCUUUUAACCCUUAAACUCCCAGAUCAAAUUUGUCAUUCUCCUAAUGUCAACCAUACAAUUCUUAUAAUGUUAGGUCAAAGAAUUUAGUACUGGAUCAACUACUUAUCCCCAAAUUGAUAUUUUACUUCAUUCUCAUCACUUGUCUGGUUGAUACUGUAAUAAUAUUGUAAGGAGAAAUUCUGUCUUGGUCACUCAUGGGAGUUAAAGUGUAAUAAUAGUUUGGAUGCUUUACCACAGGGCUUUAUAAAGUUCUCAUCAAAAUGUGCUUCCUUAAAGUCUAUUUCCAUCUUAAAACUACUCCAGCUUAUAUAUAAGCAAGCCUGGCUUGUAAAACUGACCUCUUCAAGGGAGGAGAAGGAAAGAAAUCACCCCCGCUGGUUCCUCUUUUGGAAAAAAAAUUUAAUAACUUGUGAGUGAAUUAGAAAUCUUUACUUUAAUGCUCUCUUUAACCCUUUAACUCCCAGAUCAAAUUUGUAAUUCUCCUUACUGUCAACCAUACAAUUCUUAUGACAUUAGUUCAGAGAAUUUAGUAUUGGAUCAACUAAUUAUUCCCAAAUUGAUAUAUUUCUUUAUUCUCAUCACUUAUCUGGUUGAUAUUGUGUUAAUAUAGUAAGGAGAAAUUCUUUCCUGGUCACUCAUAGGAGUUAAAGGGUUAAUGCCUACAGGUAUUAGCCCUCCUCCUCACAAGACCUUCCAUGACUAUUUUUUAGAGGGUUGGACAUUUUCACAAACCUCACAAUGCCUUCUCUUUUUAUUUUUUAAUUUCAUUUUCAGAACUCUUCCAUUUAACAAAUUUGUCAUGCGGACUAGUGAAACUGUUCAUAAAGAAUAUUUUAUUUGCCCAGUAAGUACUUUAAAUACAUAAAACUCUUAAUGGUUAAUAAAUAUUAGUGAAUAAAUAUAACCCAGACAAGUACAGGAUUUUCCUCAAAAACCCCUUACCAGCACUGUAUGGCAACCUGUAAGACCUCUUGCUGUUGUAUUAUUUGAACCCUUUAAAAGGCUAAUAGUGAUUAACAUCUAGUAUCUCCUUACAAUAUCACCUCAUUAACAUUAGGGUCAUGAGAGUAAAGGAAAUGAUCACCAACUAAAGAAGCUCUUGAUUGUAAAACAGAUUCAAAUCCUGUACAGGCCUGAAUUUUUUUCAGGCCUUAUUUUCACUACUGCCUAAGUAGUGCACAUUACUGCGAGGAUCACUUUCAUUCACGUCUUUAUCCGCAGUUCAAAUAUAUAUGACUUUCAUAUAUUCUUAACCGUUUAUUUCAUCACUUCACGGGUUUAUUUAGAACCAGCUCCCAGUUGGCUUGUUAGCUCAGUUGGUAGAGCGCUGCACUGGUAUCGCAGAGGUCAUGGGUUCAAAUCCCAUACAGGCCUGAAUUGUUUUUUUUUUCAGGCCUUAUUUUCACUACUGCGAGGAUCACUGUCUUUCAUUCACGUCAAAACAGAUUCUCUUUGUUAACACCUUAGGAAAUGUAUAGAGAGCAGUAUAGAGAAUAAGCAUACUGAUCUUAGGGUGUAAAACAGUUAAUUAGAUAUUGUAUAUCAUUAAAAAAAACAAACAAACAAAGAGAUUAUGGUUAACAGAAUGUUAUUUGUGGUGAAUUAAAUAUUAGAGUACAUAGGUAACUGUAUUCAUGUUUGUCUCAGAAUGUAGCCACUUCUGAUCUGGGGGGUGAUUCAUAUUGACUACAUCUGAUGCAACAAAUGACUACACUUCAUUAUUACUAGAUGAUUAAAGAAGUAACAUGCAAGAGUUCCAAUUUUUUUAAUCAUUAAGGUGAAGACUAGAAAUCUGAUACUUAACCUUUUAACUCCCAAGAUCUCAUUAGUAAUUCUCCUUACUGUCUACCAUACAGUUCUUGUGAUGUUGGUUUGGAGAAUUUGGUAUUGGAUCAACUUAUAAUCCCUUAACUGAUAUUUUUCUUUUUUCUCAUCUUUUGCCUGCUUGAUAUUGUAUUGAUAUUGUAAGGAGAAAUGCUGUCUUGGUCACUCAUGGGAGUUAACUUACAAUUUUUUUUUUCCUCAGGAGGAGAAAUAUUAUCUAAGAUCUCUUGGAGAUGAUCCUAGAAAGGUAUGAAAUUAAUUUACACUGUACUCAACAUUUUAACUCCUGGAAGUGAUUAGCAUGAAACUUCUCCCUAUAAUAUCCAUCCAAACAGGUGUAUGAAUAUAUUCAAACUCAUCAGGUAGAAGCUACUUCGUUGAUCUAGCACCAAGUUCUCAUAACUAAUUUACAAGCAAAUGUGUAGCAGCUUGAGGGGAGAAUUAACAAUGAGAUCUUGGGAGUUAAAGGGUUAAAUUUUGCUUCCAGAUAUCAUGUUAGGCUCAAACUGUCCUAAGGUCUUGUAUGUAGAGAAGUAGGGUUGAUAAGGACUCUGGAGAAAAUGAAUUUAAAUUAAGCUAUAAUUUUUUAUUUCAAUAUCACAUGCUUUAUAUUAUAAUACAGUCCUUUUUACUCUUUUGUGUUUUUGUUUUGUUAGGAUAUCUCUGACAUCACAAUUCAGUUCCCUAGCUUAGCUCAAGAUAUAAAAAUCCCAAAGUUGUACCCAGAGGACAGAUUCUUUUCAAGUGUGUUCAGAAUCAGUUCAGCACAAGGGCAGUUGUGGACACAUUAUGAUGUAAGUUAAAUGAUAAUGUAUUUCUUAUCCACAACAUAAAGGUUUGAUUUAAUUAUUAUUGUAUGGCAAGGUAGUCUUGAGUUAAAUCCAAGGAUUCUGAUUGGUUCAUACUUGGUCUGGAUUUUGCCAAAAGGACCAUUUCUAUGGAAAAGGUCAUAUGCCAGUUAUUUUUGCUCUCAACAUCUGCUGGAAAAUUCAAAAUGAACAAGUUUGGUCUAGGUACCAUGUAAACUGCUUGCUAAUCUCAUUUGCUUGAGUCACAAUUUGGAAUAUGGUUUCUCAGUCAUUUUGUACAGACCUUGAGCUACCACAAGGUCAUGCCAAUAUUUCUCAGUAGGGCCCUGGUGCCUGGUUAGUAAAAGUUUUUGUUUCAUUCGUUUGACUAAUCUUCCAGUUCAUCAUGAAUGACACUUUCAUAUUUGUCUGUGAAAGAAAAGUAGGUGGGAAUUGAAUGAUGUUGAAAGGGAAUGGUUUUUAUUGAAAGUGACUUCAGAAAAGCCACUCAUGCGUGGACAUCGUGAAUGUCUAUAUUGAUUCUUGGUCUCUGGUUCUCAUUGAUGCUUCUUGGUGGAGAAGGAAACUAGAAGAGUAAAGAACACAAACAUGAACCGUAGCCUUGAUGAAACCCAAAAAUGGAGAAAGUGAGGCCCUAGAAGUCCCCUCUUCUGCGUAGAAAUGACAGUAAACUUGAAACAAACCAGCCCAAACUUAAACUAUCCUCUCUACAGGUAUUAACCAAAAUCACUGCUAUUUACUGGUUUCAUGUCAUCAGUUUGGUAUCAUCAUUCACAACAAAUAAUUAUUGUUGGUCGUUCAAAUGACUUUAACCUUUUACAUCCUAGUAUUGCUUUGCAUAUCCAUCGUAUUACUGUUCUCUAUAUAAUGACAUGGAAAAAUUGCUUCAUCAUUCAGUGGACAUUUCCUUCAUUGUCUUGACCUUGAUGUUUGAUACAGUAGUAGUAAUAUGAGGCGAAAUUGGAUACAAGUCACUCUAGGGAUCAAAGGUUUAGUUAGAUAACUGCUCUUCUGAUAGAAACAGACUGAUUAACUUUGUGGCGCUGAGAGUGAAGUGAAGGGUCCUCAGAAACUAGUCAAGUGAGUGACCGGGUGGAGUACAUGACAGGAUGGAGGGCGUGACAGGUUGGAGGGCUUAAUAGGAUGGAGGGCGUGACAGGUUGGGGUGUGACAGGAUAGAGGACGUGACAGAAUGGAGGAUGUGACAGGGUGGAGGGCGUUAGCACUACUCUAUUACAGGUAGCAGUUUUGGAGUUGCCUUGAUAGGUAACCAUUACUCUUGGGUGCAGUAAGCCAGUGUGAGAGUAAAUUGUCUUGUUCGUGUUAACAACCUAAACUAAUGUAGGUCAAGGGCACCUUUGGUGUGGAGUGAAAUGCUUGCAAAUAGGGCUCUUCGUUCUCUUGGCUGGAUUACAAGAUCACCAGCCACAAUGAAUCACUCAGUUGUGUUUGUUUGUUUUUUGCUUAUUUUGGCAAUAGAAAGUAUUUUCCCAGCUUACUCUAAUUUUCCCUUGACAGUUCAGUGCUCAGAGCUAGUAGCCUGGAUUUCCCUAUCAGCUUGUACCCUUUUUGUAUAUUUAAGUCACAGUGAUCUAUAUAUCACUGUAUUUCACUUUACUCUGUUGGCACACUGCUGGUUGUAUCAGUAUGCGAGACCUGUGAACUGAUACAAAACAGGCGUAUUGCUGAGCUUGGCUCCAGUUCGCCAGAGCUAAAAAUGAAAGCAUGCGACCAGCAUUCAGAACGUCGUGAGAUCCAAACUUCAUCAAGCACUUUGAGUAAUUGUUUCUUGCACACACCGGUGAUAAGCGAAUCUUAAAAUUCUUCUUUGAUUUCUACAGAUUAUGGACAACCUCCUUAUUCAAGUAACGGGAAGGAAACGCGUUGUCCUCUACAGUCCAAAAGAUGCAACAAAACUGUAUUUAAAUGGUGAUAAAUCAGAAGUCUUAGAUAUUGAUCGGCCAGACUUAACCAAGUAUCCAAAAUUUGCAGAAGCAACGCCCUUUGAGUGCUUCUUAGAACCUGGUGAUGUUUUGUUUAUUCCUGCUAUGUGGUUCCACAAUGUGAUUUCUCUACAGUUUGGAGUAGCAGUUAAUGUAUUUUGGCGUCAUUUAGAUAUGGGCUUUUAUGACAGUAAGGACACGUACGGCAAUAAGGAUUUGGUCCCUGCCGCAAGGGCCAUGCAAAUAAUGGACCGUGCUAUCAAAGCGUUAGAGGAGCUUCCUGAGGAGUAUAAAGAUUUUUAUGCCAGAAGGGUAGUUUGUAAAAUUGAAGACAGAUGCUUUAGUCGUGAAGACAGGAACAGUUCUAGCGGUGUUAAUGGUGAUUCUACAGAAGAUGAAUAAAUUGGUUCAAGUGUGAAAGUGACACAUUUGUGUCCAACAAAACUAGUCUUAGCCCAGCUCUUUGCACUAGUGGGGGUACGCGCGAAGAUGGCUCACGCGCGAAAGGUGAGACACGCGCGAAAAGCGACUCUCGCGCAAGAGGGUUAGAGCACGUUUGACCGAGAAGACAAUCCUCAGAGGGCAUGCUUAACGGAAGGAAUUCCUUGCCCUUCUACAUAACUUAAUAAGUUAUUUCUUAGAAGUACAACUGGAGCUGUAACCUAGCUCUCAACCGGUUACAAGAUAUAUGAAAAGUGAGGUAAUUUUUAUAGAGUCGAAUGUCCUUAAUACAGCAUAACAACUUGACUUACAAUCCCCG